AUGGACGAUGACCAACAGGACUUCGACGACGACGAGGAGAUGGAAGAAGACCAAGAAGAGGAGGUAUCGGAAGACGAUGCUCCCAUGGAUGGCAGCGAGUCGCCGUUGGAUCUAGGCACCGUCCCAAAUGGUCACAAUGGCUAUGAUAUGGAGACACCACAGCUGUUUACGUCGGCCGGUGCCCAACAAGCUUUACAUCCCCUUCGUCGCACCGCGGACCGGGUGACGCGCCAAAUCGAAGCCUUUGCCGAAAAGUUGGACCGCUUCAAGCAGCAGGGGAACCGCUCCGACGACUUCCAGAACUACCAGGCCGCCUACCAGCUCGUCAAGAGCUACCAGACUUUCGCGCAAGACGCCAUCAACGAUAUCACGAAGCAGGACACCCUGAAACGGGCCAAGAUGGGGUGGAGCUCCAGUCUGAGCAACGGGUCACCGGCGCGGGAUCCCAAAACGGACGAGGAACUCCAACGACUGCAGCUGGAGGCAAACACCUGGCAGCUCCUUCUCAACCUCAUCAGUAUCGGCGAUCCUCCGUCUCGCGCGAGGUCGAAGCAGGCCCAGGAGACCGCCUUUCAGAAGUUACACCGGUACUCGUCGGAUCGCGAAGUUUGGGAACGGUUUCUGGAAGCCGACCACUAUGCGAUGGAAUGCGUCAUAGCGAUGAAGUGGCUCGAACGGACCUCGCGAUCGGCGGUGCUAGAUAUCGACUCGGUCAUCCACGAACUCGAGACGCAAGCCGAGCGCGGGCAGAACCUAUGGACAAACGGCUGGCUGUAUACCAAAGAAACGAUCAAGGGACACAAGCGACUACGAGCCUGGCCCCAACCCCUCGAGCCAAAUGAUCCAAGCAUCACCGCCUCGCUUCUGAGCACGGAGAAAUCGCAACCGUUGAUCACGCAGCUGGACCCCGACGCCGUCGUUCGCCAGAAGCAGGGCUUACAGAAACAGGACCAGUUCUACGAGCGCGCCACGUGGAUGACUUGCUGGAAGAUGCUGCGACAAGGUGAAGACUGGACGAAGAUCCGGGAGUGGUCCCGGGAGCGUCUAGAAUGCUGGCGAGCAGUCAGCCUCUGCGGCUCCAGUGUCGACAAACAUGCCCAUGAGGAGCGCACCCCCGUCGACGACGGAACCACCCGGAUGAUGAACUGCCGGUCCCAAGAAGCCUGGCGGGCGGCCUGCUCCGCCCUUGCGCGGAACCCCAACAACGAAGACUUCGAGCGGGCUGUGUAUGGCUUGCUCUGUGGCGAAACCGAGGCGGCCUUCAAGGUCUGUCAGAGCUGGGACGACUACCUCUACGUCUACUUCAACAGCGUCGUCCUGUCGCGCUACCGGGGAUUCUGCACACAGCUGCAGCGGAAACUCAGCCACUCGCCUACGACCCCAGUGGCGUUUGUGCCCGAGGCAGCUGGAUAUGCCGAGUUCAACAAAUUCGUCCAGUACACCCGGGGCAACCAACGCAUCGGGGUCGAGGCACGCAACCCAUACCGCACCAUCCAGGCUGCCAUCCUGGGCAAGGGGUACGAUUCCUUCUUCCAUUCCUUAGCCAAGGCCGUCUCGCACCUGGCAAACAGCCGAGCACCGGCCGACACCUUCAUCCCCGAGCUGCCGUCAGCCGCUCUCGACGACUCCCUGCUGAUUGCCGCCGAGGACCGCGACGCAUUGCGGAUUGCCUCCCAUCUCUACAUUCUCGCCAGCGCGUUGGGCUUUGUCCGUUCGGACUCCCAUUUUGUGGAACUGGUGUCGGUCAACGUUAUGGGGUACAUCGCCGACCUAGAGGAUGCGGGGAUCUACGACAUGAUCCCUCUGUAUGCGUCGAUCUUACCAACGGCCCAGGCGCACUCGGUUCUGGGACAGGUAUUGAUCGACAUCCUGGAUCCGGCAGAACGGAUGCAGCAAGUCCGACUGAUGAAGAAAUACCGGAUCGAUGUCGAAGCCGUGCUGCAAGACCAGUGGCGGUGGAUCAGCUCGAGUGUCUCUUCGGUUGACCACUCACGUACCCUCCGAGGCUACCCCAAGGUGGUCCGUCGCAAAGACGGCACCCGUGAAUUAGUACCGGUGAAGAAGGAUUUCAUCGGCACCGAGAUCUCCAGCGGAGACGAGCGCCUCAUCCGCAGUCUCGAAUGGCUUCGAUACGUGGAUGGACAAUGGGGACGGAUCUGCCAGCUCGGUGCUCUGCUCUACCGGAAAUUCUACAUUGCCGGUAAACUCUCGGCGGCUCGCGAGCUCAGCCGACGCAUGCGACUGUCUGAUAUCUCGCAGGAAUCGUUUGGGUUUGACCUGACCGAAUUUCCGGUGGUCGAGGACGAGGUCGAGCCGCUAUCUCCCGAGCCGACCAGCCCGACCAAGGCGAGGAUGCUAGGGUCUCACAAGCGUAAUCAGUCCUCGCUGAACGGAGCGCCUCCUGGCGACCAGACGAACACGAACCUCCUGGUGCAACAAGCCCAAGGCAUGCUUGACCUGGAGCAGUUGAUCCUGGCACUCGAUGCCCUGGAGCACUUUGCCUAUGUGUGCGACAAAACCGACAAACCCAAGCACCGACGAGACUCGGGCGCAAUCAAAGACCUUCGAGGCGAACUGCAAGAUGCACUGGACGAGAUCGGCAUGCACAUCGACUCCAUGCUCGACGACUGGCUAAUCGUCGGCGAGAACGACGCAGAGCAAGCCGAGCUCGACGAAAUCCGAACAACAUACAUCCCAGAAGUCUUCCUCGACUACCACAGCGCCCUGUACUACUCGGGACACAUCCUCAGCAGCGAUAUCCUCGUGCAGUGCAUGAACCUAGCCAUGCAGGUCUCCGAGAACGAGUACCUCACGCGCAGCUUCGUGGAAUCGCAACGGAUGGCCGAGCUGGUCGACGCGUUGGCGCUCUCCAGCAAAGCCAUGGUGAACACAGGCGCCCAGCCGGGAAAGAGGCUAUUGGGAGGCGAGUCCCUGGGGAUCUGGAAUGUGCAGGUAUCUGAGAAUGAGGACGGGGGGGAGGAGUGA